AUGGUCAAGCAUUGCCCAGGGGUAGAGAACAAGGUAGCUGAUGCUCUUAGCCGAAGAAUCCACGUUCUCAACACCUUAACGGUUAAUGUCAUGGGAUUUGAUAGGCUCAAGGACGAGUACACUUCGUGUCUUGACUUUGGCAUCAUUUAUGAUGAGGUUAAAGAUGGCAACCGCCAAGAUCAUGUGAAUUUCCUGAUCGAUGAUGGCUAUCUGUUCUGUGGGUCUAGGUUGUGUAUUCCCCUCAUGUCACUGCGUGAUUUUCUUGUUUGGGAAUUACAUGCGGGGGGACUAGCUGGACACUUCAGUAUUCAGAAGACUACGGCCAUGGUUGAAGACAGGUUCUACUGGCCUUCCCUUAAGCAUGAUGUUGCUCGAAUCCUUUCCUAG